AUGAACUGCCUGACGGUGCCCGGUGUCCACCCCGGCUCCCCCAGCCGGCCCCGCGGGCAGAUUCAGGUGAUCUUCGGGCCCAUGUUCUCCGGGAAAAGCACGGAGCUCAUGCGGCGAGUGCGGCGCUUCCAGCUCGCCCAGUACCGGUGCCUGCUGGUGAAGUACGCCAAGGACACGCGCUACAGCUCCUCCGGGGUCUGCACACACGACAGGAGCACCAUGGAGGCCCUGCCCGCCGGGCUCCUCCACGACGUGUACCAGGAGGCGCUGGGGGCCGCCGUCAUCGGCAUCGAUGAGGGCCAGUUCUUCCCAGACAUUGUGGAGUUCUGUGAGAAAAUGGCCAACACUGGGAAAACCGUCAUUGUUGCUGCUCUGGAUGGCACCUUCCAGAGGAAGGCCUUUGGGAGCAUCCUGAACCUGGUGCCGCUGGCGGAGAGCGUGGUGAAGCUGAACGCUGUGUGCAUGGAGUGCUUCCGAGAGGCCUCCUACACCAAGAGGCUGGGAGCAGAGCGGGAGGUGGAAGUGAUCGGAGGAGCUGACAAGUACCACUCGGUGUGCCGAGCCUGCUACUUCCGCGCGCGGCCCCAGCAGCCCGGGCCAGACAACAAGGAGAACGUGCCCCUGGGCCUGAGGCAGCUGGAGACAGCUGCCCCUCGCAAGAUCUUCACUUGA